AUGCACAAAUGCUUCAAAUAUCUCGGGUCGUUGAAUCUGAUCUCCUUGGCCGAUCAGCUUAUGGGAAAUGUCCUCGCAACCGGCGACAAGUCGACCGCGGAAGUCGACCGCGACUUUUUCCAGAUCUACAAAUGGACAAGUCUGCCGGCCGGUUUUCACGAAGCAAGGAAAACCGGCAAGCCGAUUUUCGUGUUCAUCCAGAGAUCGACCUGCCCUGCAUGCAAACAUCUCAAGAGUAAAUUCGUCAAGUCGCUUAAGUUAAGCGAGUUGAGCAGUCGCUUCGUCAUGGUGAACGUGGACAAUGGGCCGGACAGCGUCAGGAACCGCGGAGUUUUCCAUCCGGAUGGCAAAUACGUACCAAGGAUCCUAUUCUUUACGCCCGAAGGACGACUCCUCCGAGAAGCGUACAAUCGGCACGCGAGAGACCCGAAAUACAAAUAUUUCUACAGUAAUCCCUCUCACGUGAUCGAGACCAUGCUGAUGGUCCUCCAAAUACUGGGCGCAUUUCCACCAAACGUGGACCAGCCUCCGGAUAUCGCGAACCAGUCCGGCACGCCUUCAAAAACUCCUGCAGAAGAUGACUUCCACACCCCCACAGUUUUGGAUCAAUAG